AUGCCUCUGAGCUCUGAACCCAAGAAGUUGACCCCCGAGGACGUACCCUCUAAAGAAGAUCAGGACAAGCUCCGUGACUCUGUGAGAAGCCUUUUGAACCCAGACGGCUCCAACGAAAGGAUGGAUGGCUACAUCAACAGCACCUUUAGCUACGUUCAAAACGCUUUGGACAAGGUGGCACAUGCUGAAGAUAAAGACGCAGCCUCGAAGGAAAUUGCUGAUGAUAUUGUUCAAAAGUUCAAGGUUUGGGCAGAGUCGUUUCAACAGGGCCAGAGCAACACCAAUGCCUCAAGCGAUGCUGCUGCUGCCUCUGCUGAAGAGAAAAAAGAUUAG